AUAUUGGCCUACCCGUAUUGGCCGUUCCGGAGACAGCCCUCCAAAUUAAUUUCCCUCGGUUGAAGCCAUGUCCUGUAUGUGACGACGCUGUUGAAGGUUGUUGAUAUAAAGGGAGGGGCCUCCCUUCUAGACACUUGUGUCGGCUCGCUGGUUAUUUCGGUCUAUUCAACAUCCCUCCAAAAAAAACAAUCAUGAAGUGGUCCGCAGUCACCACCGGUGUUAUUGGCCUUGCUGGGUCCGCUCUCGCCCAGCUGGACUCGAGUCCAUUCAUCGACGCUGACACUGGAAUAACCUUUCAGUCUUACACAAGCACGGACGGGAUUACUUACCGACUGGCUCUUCCGGCAGAGGCAACCGGCGAUGCUGGCUAUGAUGUGAUCCUCCAGGUCGUGGCGCCAGUGGGAUUGGGCUGGGCCGGAUGGGCAUGGGGCGGUGCUAUGACAUAUAACCCCCUGACUCUCGUAUGGCACGACGGAGAAAAUGUUCAAUUCUCUCCCCGCCAAGCUACGGGAUACUAUUUACCCGGUGCAUACGAGGAUGCUAAGUACACGGUACUUAAGGGCACUGGCGUCAACGAGACACACUUCAAAUUCACGGCACUCUGCACGGGUUGUGCUAGCUGGACCGACUUUGACGGGAACCCAUACAUCCUCAACGGUGCUGGGGACACCAACUUCGCGUACGCCUACUCGGCGACCCCAGUUGAGGAGCCGACAAACCCUGACACGGGCUUCAGCAUUCACGACAAUGUGGGACGAUGGAUUCACGACCUAGGCGGCGCUCGAUCUGACAAGUUCAAGGAGUGGGUGACGACCAACACCAUUGCGUAGGUGAAGAUAGCUCGAAUAGUUAAUGAAGUAACUUGGACUUAUAAUUAGAGCAGUAC